GUUUCUACGGGUGUAUCGAUUGUGACGGGCGAUGCCGAAGGAAGAAUACGCUUCUCCGACCCCAACUUUCUACUACUCUACUGGUAUAACGAGGCCAGGUUUGGUGAGAUCAGAUCUGUCAGCUUUGCUGACCACGGUCUCAUUGAUGGCGGUCUCAACCAAUUUGCUAACACAAGGUAUCCUGAAGAUGCAACGAUCCCAAGAGAAAAGUUCGUAGUGGAGGACUUUGUCGUUAGUACCUCGCACGCGGUCCUUGCAAGCAUUGGUGUGGAGGGAAAAGUUGUCAAGUUAAUUCAGCGAGAAGAGUACUCCAUUGUAAAUGCGGUCGCGGCUCAUCCAAAGCUGGACCUGGUCACAGUAGCGGGCUACUGUGGGAUGGUGAAAACGUGGAAUUACAAAUCGAUCCUGCCUGUGAAAACCCGCAUUUUCGAAAAGGGAACAGAAUUUGAGUCCUCUGUUGGCUGUACCUCAGGGCGGGUUAUGAUGUUGGACGGUAUUGAUCUUAAUGACACGAUGAGACGACCUAUUGAUUUUGCAAAGGGGGUCGUUACCCAACUUGCAUUCAGUCACAACAGCGAAUAUUUUGCCUACGUCGUAGAGUACGACCUACCAAAUUCUAGGGAUGGAAAUCUAGAGUUAAGAACGCGGACAAGGGUGGAACAGCGCGCCAUACCCAGGUGCUUUGCAUCAAUGGGCCGCUACUACCAGGAAGACUUCAUCUGCAUUGCAAACUCCGAGUCCAAACUGAAGCUUAUUAAUGUGGUGACAAUAAUUGCACUUCCUGAGAAGGAAACCGAAAGCACACCGCCAAGCUCUCCACUUCGCAAUUGCUUGAAAUACAACAAUCAUCACUGCCUACUUUUUUUGACCAACGAACGUCUUGGACUAGUACUUCUCCCCCUAGACGGAGAUCCCUACAAAACGGUAAAUGUGAUUGCCCAUCCCAGUUUUGAGCGCGGCAGUGGCUAUGCUACCGGAUUAGCUGUGAGCCGAGACGGGCGGAUCGCGUUUACGACAGGUGGACCGGACAACUCCAUCCACAUGUGGAAGAUUGAUCGAGACGUUCUCAUUGCACAGUCGGGCCUGUAUUCGGACGAAAUGGUGCCCUUCUACAACAUGCUGACACCAGAACUACUAAAUGACCUGAAAGACUACUUCUACUUGGCACUUCUCCGUCAACAGGGUCUUUCUUCUAUGGAUACACGAAUAACAGCCGAGAAGAUACCCAUAACUGAGAUUCCUUUCGUAAUGCGUGCAAUAGGAUUCUUCCCGACUGAUGAACAGAUUGAACUGAUGAUGAACGAAAUCAAAUUCUCUUCAUUUUAUGAAACUGGACACUAUACUGACUCCAUCGAUCUGGACACCUUUAUAAAAUUGUACAUCAAUCACCGUGACAGGCAUGGCACUCUCCUGGAUGACAUAACACAGGCCUUCUCAGCAAUAAAGGCCGCAAAACGGCCCUGCACGCCGCUUUGUCCCCAUCGCAACAUAUGCCCAGAUGUGCAGGGCAGAGAGGAACCGGUUAUUGACAGGAACCAUCUGCUAACCGUCAUACAGACACUGGGUAGAUUACACAUUUUCGACCACUAA